AGUGGAACGGGAAUUUAAGGUGGAACGGGGCAAUUCGAACAAGAAGCUGCCUCAAACAAAGCUGGAGCUGACGUGACGAGCUGUUGAAGAAACCGAAACUAACUUUCUGAAGAAGUUUGGGAUGAAGUGCUGCAGCCACACGUCAUGAAUACGACUGGACACCCCUGCUGCUGUCGCUGCCGUCAGUCGGGGUGGGAGCAGAGCCAUGAAAGAAACGCCUUUCACCAUGACCUCAUCUCCACACAUUCUUAUUAGUGCUCUUGAUGAGCUGAUUAAUGAUGACCUGAAAAGAUUCACGUAUUUCCUUACCAGUUGCCCACCAGAGGGCUACCCUCAUAUUCCACGAGCAGAGCUGCAUGAAAAAUCAAGAACAGAAGUGGCAAUGGCAAUGAAUCGUUUCUACAGUGGAAAUGCACUCAACGUUGCUGUAGACAUCUUGAAGAAGAUGUAUCAAAAUGAACUUGUACAUAACAUACUAAGACAGGUGCAAGAACAACGAACAAAUCCUGAUCUCACAGGGAAAGAUCUUCAGAGUGUUGUGAGGAAUCAUAAACUCUGGCUAAAAAAUAAAAAUAAAUUCAUAGUUGAAAAGACGGCCUACAGUAGUAAAAAGAUCUCACUGACUGACAUCUACACAGAUCUCACAGUGACAGAAGGAGAUGGCAGAGGGUUAAAUAAGGAACAUGAGGUUUUAAACAUUGAAAAUUCACAGCCCUCACAUGAGACCAGAAUCAACUGCAAUGACAUUUUUCGAGGAAAUGAAGAAAUCAGAACUGUUCUUACAAAAGGUGUAGCCGGCAUUGGUAAAACCGUCUCUGUACAGAAAUUCAUACUUGACUGGGCAGAGAAUAAGGCCAAUGAAGACAUUGUGUUUCUGUUUGUACUUCCAUUUCGUGAGCUAAACCUGAUUAAGGAGGAAUGUUGUAGUCUACAUGAACUUUUGGUUCGCUUACAUCCUGAAUUGGAGGGCUGCAAUUCAAACCUGUACGUUGACAAGAAAAUUUUGUUCAUUUUUGAUGGCCUUGAGGAAAGUAGAAUUCACAUGAAUUUUAGACAAACAGAAAUUGUCAGUAAUGUUGACAUUAAAUCCACAGUGGAUUCAUUGAUCAUAAACCUCAUCAGCAAGGAACUUCUCCCUUCUGCCCAUAUUUGGAUAACUUCGAGGCCAGCAGCAGCCAAUCUGGUGCCCUUUAAGUAUAUCGACCAUGUGACAGAGAUUCAGGGAUUCAAUGACCUCCAGAAAGAAGAAUAUUUCAAAAAGAGAGUGAAAAACAAGGAUCAGUUCGACAGAAUCAUCUCACACAUUAGGUCAGCAAGAACCCUUCACAUUAUGUGCGAAAUACCAGUAUUUUGUUGGAUUUCAGUUACUGCACUUCAGCCUUGGUUGAGCCAGAAGUGCAAAAAAGAAAUCCCCACAACUCUUACUGAAAUGUACUCUUACUUUCUGCUCAUUCAAACAAACACAAAGAAUCAAAAGCUUGACGAGACACAUGAAGAAGAUGCUAAGAAACUUCUGGAGGACAACAAAGAGAUGAUCCUCAAACUUUCUGAGUUGGCUUUCAUACAGCUGCUUAAGGGAAAUGUAAUGUUCUAUGAAUCAGACCUGGAAGAGUUUGGCAUUGAUGUCAAAGAGGCUUCCUGGUACUCUGGGCUUUGCACUGAAACAUAUAAGGUGGAAUUUGAGUUUUACAAAGAAAAGGUCUACUGCUUUGUGCACCUGAGCUUUCAGGAGUUUUUUGCUGCUUUGUAUGUAUUCUACUGCUAUCACUGCAAGAACCUGGAGAAAAUCAAGAUGUUUCUCCCAAAAACAAAGGCUGCAGAAACGCCUCUGGAAGUGUUUAUGAAGAAUGCAGUGAAUGAAGCCUUAAAGAGUAAGACUGGACACCUUGAUCUUUUCCUUCGUUUCCUUCACGGUAUUACUUUGGAGUCUAGUCAAAGACUUCUAAAAGGCCUACUGACGCACAUUCACAGCAAUCCAGAGAGCAUUCAGAAAAUAACAAAGAACCUAAAACAGGGGCAAAAAAAGAACAUCAACCCUGAGAGGUGGAUCAAUCUUUCACAUUGCUUGAUUGAAAUGAAAGAUAACUCUCUUCAGCAAGAAGUUCAGGCUUUCCUUAAGUCCAAGAAAAAGUCCAAAAAGCUUUCUCUUGCACAUUGUUCAGCAAUGGCUAACAUAUUUCAAGCAUCAGAAGAGGUGAUGGACGUGUUGGACCUUAAGAAAUACAACACAUCAGAAGAGGGCCAUAGGAGACUGAUCCCAGCUGUGAGAAACUGCAAAAAGGCUUUCCUGUCAGACUGUAAUCUCACCAAGGACUCCUGUGAAAAUGUCGCUUCAGCUAUGCAAUCAGCAAACUCGAUUCUGAGAGAGCUUGACCUGAGCAACAACGACCUGCAGGAUUCAGGAAUGGAACUGCUCUGUAAUGGGCUUAAGUGUUCACAUUGUAAACUAGAGAUCCUAAGUCUCUCCAACUGUAAGCUUACCGAACUGUCAUGUAAAGAUAUUGCUUCAGCUCUACAUUCGGGGAAUUCAUCUCUGAGAAAGCUGGACCUAAGUUACAAUGACCUGCAAGAUAAAGGAGUGAAGCUGCUCUCUGCUGGUCUAAAGAAUCCACACUGUAAAUUGGAGAUAUUGAGACUCUUGGAUUGUAGACUGACUGGGAAAUCCUGUAGAGACAUUGCCAGCGCUCUGCAAGCAGCAGAGUCAUCCCUGAGAGACCUGGACCUCAGUUGUAAUGACCUGCAAGAUUCAGGAAUAAAGCAGAUCUCUGUUGGCUUAAAGAGUUCACAUUGUAAUCUGAAAGUCCUUAGACUCUCUGACUGUAAACUCACUGAGCAGUCCUGUAAACAUGUUGCUUCAGUUGUACAAAAAGCAGACUCAUCCUUGAAAGAGCUAGACCUCAGUAACAAUGACCUGAAGGAUUCAGGAGUGGCACUUCUGUCUGAUGGAUUGAAGAGUUCAAACUGUAGUCUGGAGAUACUGAGAUUGUCUGGCUGUUGUAUCACAAAGAACGGCUGUUCUUCAAUUGCUUCAGCUCUGCAUUCAAACCCCAAACACCUGAGAGAGCUGGACUUGAGCUACAACUACCCAGGAGAUUCAGGAGUGGACCUGCUUGUCUCAGAGAGUACUAAUCCAACCUAUACAUUGGAUACCAUCAAAAUGGACCAAAGAGGAGAACUGAGAAUGGCACCAGGACUAAAGAAAUAUGCCUGUAAGCUGACACUGGACCUAAAAACAGCAAAUGUACGUCUUGCUCUGUCUGAUGACAACAAGAAAAUAACACUUGUUGAAGAGGAUCAGCCAUACCCCAAUGAUAAACAGAGAUUUAAGCACAUGGCACAAGUGUUAUGUAUGGAAAGUCUGUCUGAACGCUGUUACUGGGAGGCUGAAUGGACGGAGGGGGCUGUUAUCGCAGUUGCAUACAAAGGAAUCAGUAAGAAGGGAUCCCAAAAUGACUGCUUGUUUGGGCGUUCAAAGAAGUCCUGGAGCCUUAACAUGUCCAAUCAAAGUUGCGUUGUGUGGCACAAUAAGAAGUGCAUAAGAAUCAUACCUCCAAGUUUCCCUUUACCCAGUAGAGUAGGAGUGCUUCUGGACUGGCUGGCUGGCACUCUGUCCUUCUACAGUGUCUCCUCUAACAAGUGGAGCAGCUUGCACACGUUCCACGCAACAUUCACUGAAUCCCUCUAUGCAGGGUUUGGUCUGGAGACUCCAGGCUCCUCGGUCUGUCUCUGUAAUAUGUAAAUAUGUGAUUGAUAAUGAGUAAUCUGUUGAGUGAACAAGGAUUCGUUCAUUUUGUUCCUGUCACAUCAGUAGAUCUAAAGUAGUAUAUAUUGUGAAGAUUUAAGAUUUUAUUAACAUGUAUGAAGAUUAGAAGUGAGAAAGUUUUAAAGGAAUGUUUGGGUGAGAUAUACAUUCCCAGCUUUCCAGACAUGCUAGAUAUAGUAGUUUGGCCAAGACAUGUUUGUUGUCUAAAUUUUGCCUCUUUGCUUUUAGCUACAAGACUAACAAGAUGCUUUAUGUAUUCGCUUAUUGAAAAGGUUUAGUGACUUCUAAUGUUCUAGUGUUAGUUCCAGCACUAAAAAUGGUGUAAAUCAGAUUUUUCCCCCAAAGCAUUUCUUUACAUUUCACUGAAAAAUGGUUGAUUUGCCUGCUUCAUGUACAUAGGUGAACCACAUUAUUCAUUGUGUCAUUAUUUUAGCAUUAAUAAAAAAACAAAUAGUA